GGGGCGGCGCGGCGUUCAAACGCGGCGGCCGCGCACAGAAGAGCUGCUGUGGGGAGCUGGUGGCUCCGUCCCGAUCCGGGUCCCGGUCCCGUGCGGCGCGCUGAAAAUAAAGUUGACCAAGAGCUGGAACAAGAUGGCAUCUGUGCUCCAAAAUGUCAAAGCAACAGUGGCGAGGAGAAAACAUCGGCUCCUAGCUGACCUCAGUGAGGAUGAGAGCCCUGUGCCUGACAAAUUCAAGAGAAGGGCCUCUCUGAGUUCUCUCAAUACCAUUCGCAUGUCUUUAAGGAAACGGGUACCAUUAAAGCCAGUCGAGUUGAAUUUUCAUAAAACCCCAACUAGGGAAAGUCUGGAACCAAGGCAGAGGUGUCAAACUCUUCAGACUAUUAAAAGAACAGCAAAAUAUGCUUUUGGAACAGUGUCCCAGAAAAUACAAAAGUCUUGCCAAAGCCCAGUACGCUCAAUGGUGACCUUUCCAGCUGAAUCCAUCAGCAGAAGCUGUGCAACCAGUUCUACCAAAAAAAGAACUGCUACACCUCAAACACCUUGCUAUAUGAGUGUUACUCCAGCAGCCAGUUCCAAAGGCACUCCAAAGUCCAGCAAAAGGGCCUUGCUUGGGCCAACAAAGGUGUCAGAACAUAGAGAAUGGAUGGAUAUCUCAUCCUGGCUUGGUAAAAAUGCUCUCUCUCUCCGGAGAUCCAGAAGAGCAGCAGCACUGAAGAGCCCUUAUUCAUCUCCUGCUCCUUCCAGCAGAAAGAUAGAGUUUAACUGUGAGCUGGAACUGGUCUCCUCAAGGAUUUGCCAGUUGAAGCAUAUCUCCCAAGCAUUUGAUGAUGCCAUUGUGAAAGAGGAGAGGCAACAAGCAAUAUCAAACUACUACUAUCUAAUGGCACGAAACUCACAGUCUGUACAUCGAUCCCUGAAACCAUCUCAAGCUAUCAGAAGGCAAGCAAAGAAACUCCAUCAAACACUUGGUACCUAGACAGAGAUGGCUGUAACUAUUUUUUCAUGUUUCCAAGUUUAUGAGCACAUAUAAGGAAGGGGUAGGGAGAGGUCUGAAUAGCACCUGAAAGGCUGCACUCUAUACACUUAAUUGAGCCAUUACACAUUUUUUUAUGAAACAGCUCAGGACUUUCCUUGCUUUCUCUUUUCAAGUAAAGAGAGAAGCAAAACAGUACCAACCACAGUGUAUUAUCCCUGCUGAGAUGAGGGAACUGUCUUGAAACUGUAUUUCGUGAGGCAGUAAGUACUUAGAAAAUGAUGCUGAACUGGCCAGUAAGAAUGGCCAAAGCAAGGGCUUAUGACAGACUUAUGAGGGGUAAUCCUAGGUAAGAGUAGUGCUUAAAUUGGUAUCUAGUAGCCAUGAGAUUCAGCACAAAUACUUUCCAUGUGAAAAAGAUUGGUCUAUUAUUUUGAAAGCCUAACUCGUUGGGGUUUUUUUUGGUUACUAGCAAACUAAAGUUAUUAAUCAUAUUAGCUGGAAGUUAACAAAACAGUAGUGGCUUCUUUGAGUUCUAAGCAAAACUGCCAUUCCAAAGCAACAGGAUUCUGUGGAGUCACUCAUGCCACAAGAACAGAGCCAUUUUAGGACUCUUACUUUAUGGCCUUAAGGAUUAGCCAUCUAAUCCUAUCUUAGGUAGUUUGGCUCCAGACAAAUCAGAUCAACUUUGUAAUUUCUUACUGAUGCUUUAGAUAGCAUCUUGGCAGUUGAGUUAAACAUUGAUUUUGUGCUGCAUCUGUCUUUUAGUUAUAUACAGAAAUUAAUGUAACAUGUUGUAACUACUCUGAUUAGUUAAUAUCACAGUGGAAGUAUUUUGAUUAUGUAUACUUAGCAUUUGAUACCUGUAUUUUGCUUCUAAUUACUUUUAAAAAAAUUAACAUUCAUUUGACAAGCCUUUUUUGGUCUGUCAUUCAGUAUAACAAAGUUUAGUCUUUCACAUGAAAGCAAAGAUUUGUCAAGGUUUUAGAAUUCAACAGCAGGGCUGUUUUCCAUGGUAAGCUUUGUGCAGGCUUCUCCAAUUAUGUUCACUCUAAAAUGAACUUUCAAACAAAAGACUGAUUUGGGAAACUUUGCUCUACUUGGUAAUUUUUAAAAUGUUCAUGUGACCUAGUAGUUCCAGUGUUACUAAAAUUUUAAUGGUAUCAGGUAUAAAUAUGAAAAGCAUUCAAUUACAAUUUAUGUAUAAGUAUUGAUUUUUAAACUUGCUCCAAAUUUUUCUUUUUUUCUUUUCAAAUGAACCCAUUUUAAAACAUUUGAACAGUUAAUGAGGCCUCGAAAUAUGAAAGCAACCCUUCCAACCUGAAGACUUCUAGACUUUCAGAUAACUGAGAAUUUUAGCUUGUGUUAUUUCUUGACCUAGUGUUUGUGUGUGUUUUGUGGGUUUUUAAACAACUUUUCUAUAUGGAAGUAUAAGUAUAGUAUCUCUAAGUUGUCCUUUGUAUGUCCUGAAACUACUUCUAUAAAGCUUUCAC